UGUGUCUCAACAUGCAGUAACAUGAAGCAUCCGUUUGUUAAGUCAGAUUGCAAAACUUUUAUAAUACCCUUUGUACCGCCUGCGACUGGAAAAUUGGCUCCGAGACUAGACCAGUGGUUAUUAGCAAUUCUGAGAGAUCAAACCUCGGACCCUUGGAUUCGUUUACCGUAUCUUUAUGAAACGGAAUGAGAGACUUCACCUGAAUACACCCCUGUCUAUUUCGAACAACUGUUGCUUACCCUUCAGCCAGCCGUUUUUGUUUUGUUCUGUCUGCUGCCUUGAACCACCGGUUUUUAAUCUUGACGGUUCGGUUUAAGCCCUCAUUACCGUAUAUUACAACAAAAUAUUUUUAAAAUCACACAAAAUUCAGUGCUUCCUCUCUCAAAUCAGCGUAGAUAUUUUGAAAAUAUGUGUAGAACUAGACAAUAAAGCAUUUUAAAUCGAAAAAAGCAGGUAAGAUUCGAACAUUCACAUGAUACUUUGGGUUGACAGCAUGCUUUAAAUUGCUAGCAGUUGGCAUAAGAGAUAUGGAUGGGGAUAUGAAGUUAUGAAGCAUGUAAUUGCUUUCAAAAGUAGCUGUCUUACUGGUUUUUAACCUUGUGCAAACGCGAUAGGGACGGAGGUUCCAUUUUACCGGAAUUUUUUAAUGCAAAAAUGUAAAUACUAUGUGUACCUAAUCUCUUUUUCCUACAUAUUAGCCAAGGACAUUUACCCUCGUUUUAUGAUUCAAGCCAUGUGCUGAAAAAAUAAGACUUAGUUAAAAAUAAUCUAGGGGCCCAUUAUAGGAGCCUCAUACAUUUGAAGACUGACACCACUACACAGGACUCAUGUCUUUUGAAAGGAGUCAUACUUAUGAAGCUCUUAGCAGAAUUGGAAGAGGUGCUUCAGGCACAGUAUACAAGGCAAAAGACAAAAAAACUGGUAAUGAUGUAGCUCUAAAAAAAGUGAUUAUACCAUUAUCAGAGAAUGGUAUACCAAUGCACAUUUUGAGGGAGAUUUCUCUCUUAAAACAGUUGAAUUCACAGGACCAUCCAAACAUUGUACGUCUUCUUGAUGUAUGCCAUGGACAACAGACAGACAAAGAACUAAUAAUGUACCUAGUUUUUGAGCAUGUAGAACAAGACUUAGCAACAUAUAUUGAAAGACACCCUAAGGGGUUCAGUUCUAUGGAAAUAAGAAAUUUGUCAAGGGAAAUAUUAAAUGGAGUUGAUUUCUUGCAUGGUAGCAGAAUAGUACACAGAGAUUUGAAACCACAAAACUUGUUGGUGACACAUGAUGGACACAUCAAACUGGCAGACUUUGGACUGGCUAAAACUUAUGACUGUGAGAUGAAACUCACAUCAGUGGUGGUGACAUUGUGGUACAGAGCACCAGAAGUACUCUUAGGAUUGCCAUAUGCAACUCCUGUAGAUAUUUGGUCAGUAGGUUGUAUUUUGGUUGAGCUUUAUAGCCUUAAGCCUUUGUUUUGUGGGACAUCUGAAGGAGAUCAACUCAGCAAAAUAUUUAGGGUGUUAGGCAAACCACCUGAGGAUGAAUGGCCAGAAGAAAAUGUAUUUAUUAAAUGGAAUUCUUUUGAUGUAAUUGGACAAGUUAGAAUAGACGAAAUUUCGCCAAAUAUUUGUGAAACUGCCUACGAUUUGAUAAUGGUGAGAUUUUGUAUACUUAACCUGUAACCUGUAAAGCAAGCAACCAGCUGAGCAGCUUUGCGUAAUGCUUGUUGCCUGAACCUCUAUUUCAUUCUGAUGGUCAAUUAGCAGUGGCGACUCGUCAGUCACUAAAAUAUCUCCACGACCCAAGAAAUUGAUAAAAGUGAUACUUAGAUAAUAGUACCCUCAUAUCAUAGAUCCCCUAUUGAAAUAAUAGUGAUUGUAAUAUUAAUUUCCUUUCAGAGCAUGCUAACCUUCAACCCAG